AAUGCUUCUUCCAUUUUUGUUUUCAAUGCCUUGUUGAUUAAGGAAUUAGGAUCAUAUUAAAAGAUGCAAGGAAAAUUUCUUAUUUUCUGAGAAUGUUUACCCUUUUUAGGGUAAAUUACCUUGUUCUUAGUGGACUGCAGAAGGCGCUCCUUACCGAGGCUAGAAUGCAUAACAUCGAAUCAUUGGAAAUUGCUCUUGCUUCACAAUCGUUUAUUCAGCUCGGGCUUUUAACUGGCUUACCGAUGGUAAUGGAGAUCGGGCUCGAGAAGGGAUUUCUUACAUCCCUUAAAGAUUUUGUUCUGAUGCAACUGCUUGCUGCUGUUUUCUUCACUUUCUCCCUUGGAACAAAAAACACAUCAUUUUGGUCGAACGCUCGGUAUAUACCUACUGGCCGUAAGGUCGUCGUGUUUCAUGCUAGCUUCACAGAGAACUACAGAUUGUAUUCGCGAAGCCACUUCGUUAAAGAAUUUGAACUGCUACUCCUGUUAGUCAUUUACGAUUUGUUGCGGAGGUCGUACCAGAGUAGCAUGGCGUAUGUAUUAAUCACUUAUUCGGUUUGGUUCUUGACCAUAACUUGGUUGUUUGCACCCUUUCUGUUUAAUCCUUCCGGAGUCGAUUGGGACAAGAUAGUUGAUGACUGGAAAGGCUGGAAUAAGUGGAUCAAGGAGCAAGGCGGUAUUGGGAUUCGGCAGGAUAAGAGUUGGCAAUCUUGGUGGAACGACGAACAAGCUCACCUUUGCCGUUCGGGUUACGGUGCUAGAUUGUUCGAAAUUCUGCUCUCGAUUCGGUUUUUCUUGUAUCAAUAUUGCUUGGUCCAUCAUCUUGACAUCUCCCAACAGAGCAAAAAUUUCCUGGUUUAUGUGUUUUCCUGGGUUGUUAUUCUUGCAGUUUUCUUGACGGUCAAGGUAGAAUUCAUUCGACUAUCGUGAACAUUGGAAGUUAACUCUUCAGUGCUAAUUACCAUCUGAUGUUUAGGUUCUUUAAGGCAUUCCUCUUAGUGUCUUCUCCAUCGUUAUCACGCUCUCGGUCAUCUGCGAACUAUCGCCGAAGGAUAUACUCGUCUGCUGUCUCACAUUUCUCCCGACCGGAUGGGGUUUGAUACCGGUUGCUCAAGCUGUGAGGCCUGUUAUCGAAAACACCGGAUUCUGGCACUUCACCGAGUACUUGCUCAGGCGUACGAUUACGGAAUGGGAACGAUCCUUUUCUCGCCCAUCGCCGUCUUGGCUUGGCUUCCUAUCAUUUCGGCAUUCCAAACUCAAGUCCUUUUCAACCAAGCUUUCAACAGGCAUCUGCAAAUCCAACCCAUUCUUGCAGCCAAGAAGCAGAAAUGAAAUUUUGUCACUUAUAAAUCAUUCUGCCAAAUUUAUUUGUACAUUCAGAGAUGGAGAUGUAUAUAGUUGUAAAUAACAAUGAUUCAUCACUUCGAAAUA